GCUGAUUCCGGUUCCUGUUUUUCAGGAAGUUGGGUGUUUGACAGUUGAGACAGAAAAUAGAUCACAGGGACCGCUCUCAAAGAAACGAAUAAAUAAAGGAUAACUACUCAAUCAUCUGUACAAGCCUGUAACCCAAUACACUAUGUCAAGGCAAUCCAACCGAACCACAGACGGCAAGAAGAUGAACUCGGAGCUGUUCACUCUGACGUACGGAGCCCUGGUCACCCAGCUGUGUAAGGACUAUGAGAACGACGAGGAGGUCAACAAACAGCUGGAUAAGAUGGGAUAUAAUAUCGGAGUGCGUCUCAUCGAAGACUUCUUGGCACGAUCCAGCAUUGGGAGGUGUCAGGAUUUCAGAGAAACGGCCGAUGUCAUCGCUAAGGUGGCGUUUAAGAUGUACCUGGGCAUCACCCCCAGUGUGACCAACUGGAGCCCAGCAGGGGAUGAGUUGUCCCUCAUCCUGGAGAGUAACCCCCUUGUGGACUUUGUAGAGCUGCCUGACAACCACAGCUCCCUGGUCUACUCCAACCUGCUGUGUGGGGUACUCCGAGGAGCUCUGGAGAUGGUACAGAUGGCAGUGGAUGUGAAGUUUGCUCAGGACACCCUGAGAGGAGACAAUGUCACAGAGAUACGCAUGAAGUUCAUCAAGAGGAUGGAGGAGAACCUUCCGGCUGGCGAUGAGUGAGAGAAACGGAGAGAGGGAGAAGGCACCACCCUCCACCUCUCUUCUCUUCCCGCUCUCCAUCCAUCCUCAAUCUGAUGUCACUCAAGGAGGUACAGAGAGAGAGAGAUAUGUAUAAUGAUAAAGCCUUGACUGAGAGACUGAAUGAAAGGAGAGAGCGAGAAUCAAGAAAUCCAUCUUCCUCUCCAUGUCUCCUUUCCUUCCUCUGCACUGGUCUAAAUACAAAGGUCUGACAGGUGGAAGUUAUAUGCGUUUUGCCAUAUAUGAUGCGUUUUACAUCAGGAUGACUUGGCCGGUAACACUGCUUCUUAAAAGUCCCAAUAUCUUGAAAAGUUGACUGCUGACAUGUAAAACACUAUGAGACUAUGUCAACAGUGGACUAAUGACAACGAUACCAAAAGAUAGUUUGGAGUGGAAUUAACACUGUGAGACUAUGUCAACAGUGGACUAAUGAAAACAAUACCAAAAGAUAGUUUGGAGUGGAAUAAACACUGUGAGACUAUAUGUCAACAGUGGACUAAUGACAACAAUACCAAAAGAUAGUUUGGAGUGGAAUAAACACUGUGAGACUAUAUGUCAACAGUGGACUAAUGACAACAAUACCAAAAGAUAGUGUUUAUUCCACUCCAAACUAUCUUUUGGUAUUGUUGUCAUUAGUCCACUGUUGACAUAGUCUCAUAGUGUUUAUUCCACUCCAAACUAUGUCAACAGUGGACUAAUGACAACAAUACCAAAAGAUAGUUUGGAGUGGAAUAAACACUGUGAGACUAUAUGUCAACAGUGGACUAAUGACAACAAUACCAAAAGAUAGUGUUUAUUCCACUCCAAACUAUCUUUUGGUAUUGUUGUCAUUAGUCCACUGUUGACAUAGUCUCAUAGUGUUUAUUCCACUCCAAACUAUGUCAACAGUGGACUAAUGACAACAAUACCAAAAGAUAGUUUGGAGUGGAAUAAACACUGUGAGACUAUAUGUCAACAGUGGACUAAUGACAACAAUACCAAAAGAUAGUGUUUAUUCCACUCCAAACUAUCUUUUGGUAUUGUUGUCAUUAGUCCACUGUUGACAUAGUCUCAUAGUGUUUAUUCCACUCCAAACUAUGUCAACAGUGGACUAAUGACAACAAUACCAAAAGAUAGUUUGGAGUGGAAUAAACACUGUGAGACUAUAUGUCAACAGUGGACUAAUGACAACAAUACCAAAAGAUAGUUUGGAGUGGAAUAAACACUAUGAGACUAUCUUUUGGUAUUGUUUUCAUUAGUCCACUGUUGACAUAGUCUCAUAGUGUUAGUUUGGAGUGGAAUUAUGUCAACAGUGGACUAAUGAAAACAAUACCAAAAGAUAGUUUGGAGUGGAAUUAACUUUUAAAUGCUUCAUAACUACCAGCGAUAGUAGUGCAAAUAAAGUAAAGGAGAGGUGUUUUUUGAGAUAUACCCAUAGAGAUGGGUAGAGGACACAUCUUUGCCAUUAUAGUGUCUGUGACAGCACCAUUGAGGCUACAACCCAUAGGAAUCCCCAGCCAGUUGACUACUUUGAAAUGGUGGAAGCCCUCAAUGACGCUGCCCAUGCUAAAACUGCCUUUUGGCCACUAAAGGCCUCUAUCAUUCUCUACGGAUGCACCCUUCUGCAGAACUAUGACUCCUGACCUUCUGCUCAUCUGACCCUCCUCCCCCAACCAUUCAACUUUCAUCUCUGCUCCUUUGAUGAGACACCCCUUGGAUACUGCAUCUCAUAUGUUCAUUUCUAGGGCCAGGAGUCUAAGUUCAUAAAGUCGAAGUUGAUUGUCUCUAUUGUGUUGCACACGGUGAUAAAAACAAAUAUAAUAAUUCACUUUUGUCUGUCACCUUUUUUAAAAUGAAAGAUCGUCAAGAUUCUAUUAAUAUCUAUGUGUAUAAGAUAUUUAUCUGUUGUCAUGCUAGAUACUGUCACACUGUAUGGUAGUGGUAAAUGAAGUAGGCUGAUGUCAUUAUUAAUAAAGUCAUCAGGACAUA